ACUUAUUAAAAAGGUGGAAAAGAGCCAAAACAAAAAACUCUUCUCUCUCUGUUUUAGAAAUUUCAUUGUUUUCACAAACUUUGAUUUCUCACCAAACACCAUUGUUUUUUUUUAAGCUUAAACAGUGAAACCCCACAAAUCAAUACUACUCAUUACAAUCUUGAAUCAUCAAUAGAGUGAAAAAUAUGGAAGGGGGCAAUAGGAGGAGGAGCAAAUCAUCAAGAAAUAAUGGUGUUGUGGCAACAGGUUCUGUUUGGGAGAAUAGAAUGAAACUUGAUGAAGUAAAAGGUGGAUUCAAAGUGUUUAGUAAUAGUAGUAUUGAAGAAACCCCAGAUGAAAAUGAUGACAAAGAUUGUGUUUUUAUUAGUGGAAGUAAUACUCAAGUAGAUAAAAAGUUGGAUAUGGGGCCAAAAAGAGAAAAUCUUGAUGUUGGGGUAGUGAGUGGAAAGAGAAAAACUUGGAAAACUACUGAGAGUUUUGAGGGGAACCCAAUUCAGAUUGCUAGUAAAAAAACUGAUUUGAGCAAAAGUUUGGAUGGUAAAAGUAGAGAUUUGAGUGUUUCUGUUGAUGGGGUUGUUGGGAUUACAAAGAAAAAUUUGAAAAAUGAGAGCUUUGAGGGGAACCCUUUACAGAUUUCUAGUAAAAAAACUGAUUUGAGUAAAACUUUGGAUGGAAAAUGUAAAGAUUUGAGCAAAAAUUUGGAUGAAAAAUGUAGAGAUUUGAGUGUUUCUGUUGAUGGGGUUGUUGGGAUAACAAAGAAAAAUUUGAAAAAUGAGAGCUUUGAGGGGAACCCUUUACAGAUUGCUAGUAAAAAGUCUGAUUUGAGCAAAAAAUUGGAUGAAAAAUGUAAAGAUUUGAGAAAAAAUUUAAAUGAAAAAUGUAAAAGUUUGAGUGUUUCUGUUGAUGGGGUUGUUGGGAUUACAAAGAAAACUUGGAAAAGUGAGAGUUUUGAGGGGAACCCUUUUCAGAUUGCUAGUAAAAGAUCUGAUUUGAGGAAAAAUUUGGAUGAAAAAAGUAAAGAUUUGUGUGUUUCUGCUGAUGGAGUUUGUAAAAAAGUCCCAAUUCAGAACAAGAAAAGUUCUGAGCUGAGAAAGCUGAAAUAUGAUCAGUCUGUUAAUGGGAAUGUGAAAAAAUCCAGUCUUGAAGGCUCAACUGGGAUUAAGAAGACAAAUUCUGAGGAGUUUGGUUUGUGUGAAGAGAAAUUUAUCACAGGCAAUGUGGUAUCUGAGGAUGAAUCUGUAAAGAAAUUAGAAAAGAAUCUUGAAAAUGAAGAUGAUGAUGAUGAUGAAGAAUGGGACGACGUAUUGGAGGAAGAAAUCGACGAGGGAAAUGAUAAGAGAAGUGUUGAAGUUAAAGAAAUUAGAGUGCAAGAACAGAAUAAGCUUAAAAAGAUUGUGAUUGAAGAGAAGAGAUUUCAGUACAAUAAUAAAAGACAAAUGCCAAUUUCUUCAAUUAAUAUGAAACAGUCACCUCCUACUUUAGGCAAUGCUAAUAUUCAUCAAACUGCAACAAGAACCAAAUCAGAUGAAUUCCAGUCUAAACAACAUAGCAAACUACAAAGCUUGGUUGAUUUAGUGAUGUGGAGAAAUGUAUCAAAAUCAGCGUUAGUCUUUGGAAUUGGAACGUUUGUAAUCAUUUCAUCUUCGUAUACUCAAGAUCUCAAUAUCAGCUUCAUUUCUGCGCUCGCCUACUUGGGUCUGAUCUAUCUUGCUGCAAUCUUUCUCUUUAGAUCCCUCAUUCACAGGAGAGCCGUUGAUGUUGGUGAAUCAAGUGAAUGUGUAGUAGGCGACGAAGAAGCAAUGUGGAUACUGAAAUUGAUACUUCCUUUAAUAAAUGAGUUUCUUUUGAAAAUCAGAGCGCUUUUUUCUGGGGAUCCUUCGACUACAAUGAAGAUGGCAGUUCUGCUGUUUCUUUUGGCAAAGUUCGGCAACUAUAUAACUAUUUGGAAACUGUAUAAAUUGGGGUUUUUUGGAGUUUUCGUCAUACCAAAAGUUUGCUCUUCUUAUUCGACACAGUUGACCUCUCACGGUACAUUUUUUAUAAGAUACAUUAGAGAUGCUUGGGAAUCAUGUACUCACAAAAAGGCUAUUGGAUUUGCAAUCUUCACAUUAGUAUGGAAUUUCUCUUCAAUCAUUGCCAGAAUAUGGGCAGUGUUCAUGUUAUAUGUGGGCUUUAGGUACUAUCAAAAAACCUUGGUGAGAGAAGAUAUUACAAAUACUACUAUAAAUAGUGAUGAUUUUUUGCAAGGGAAAAAGUACAAUUUAAUGGAUACAAGAAAGCAAAAAAAAGCAUUUUAAGUUAAUAAAUAGAUUAAUAUUAUAAACAAUUACAAUUUUUUUGAUAAUUAAUUUUUUGUUCUUAGUGUACAUAAUCAACUUGGGCUAAUGAUUCUUUUGGCAAUAAAGAUGAAAUAUUAUCUUUUUUA